AUGGCGACGUACGAAGAGUUUAUCCAACAAAAUGAAGACAGAGAUGGCAUAAGGUUUACAUGGAAUGUAUGGCCUUCCAGCCGAAUUGAGACUACAAGACUGGUCGUGCCUUUAGCGUGCCUAUACCAGCCUCUGAAAGAGCGACCAGAUUUACCUCCGAUACAGUACGAACCCGUGUUGUGUACACGUAAUACAUGCCGUGCAAUCCUAAAUCCUAUGUGCCAGGUUGACUAUCGUGCUAAAUUGUGGGUGUGCAAUUUCUGUUUCCAAAGAAACCCCUUCCCUCCACAAUAUGCUGCAAUAUCUGAACAGCAUCAGCCAGCAGAACUCAUUCCCAACUUUUCAACAAUUGAGUACACAAUCACAAGAGCUCAAUCAAUGCCGCCAAUUUUCCUGUUGGUAGUGGACACAUGUUUAGAUGAAGAAGAACUGGGAGCUCUCAAAGAUUCCUUACAAACAUCACUCAGUUUGAUGCCACAAAAUGCUUUAGUUGGUCUUAUUACAUUUGGCCGUAUGGUUCAGAUACAUGAGUUAGGCACAGAAGGAAUUUCAAAAUGUUAUGUCUUCAAAGGUACCAAAGAUUUAACUGCGAAACAAAUACAAGAACAGUUGGCUAUUGGGAGAGUAAAUGCACCUAAUCCUCAAGGAAGACCUGGCAUGCCUGCCCCACAGCCUCCUGCACACCGUUUCCUACAGCCAGUUAAACAAUGUGACAUGGCCUUGACAGAUUUGUUAAGUGAACUUGGACGUGAUCCUUGGCCACUUGGUGUAGGAAAACGUCCAUUACGGAGUAGUGGGGUUGCACUAUCUCUAGCUGUGGGAUUGUUAGAAGUCACUUAUCCAAACACAGGAGCUAGAAUCAUGAUGUUCCUUGGUGGUCCUUGCUCUCAAGGCCCGGGCCAAGUUGUUAAUGAUGAGCUUAAGCAACCUAUCCGGUCUCAUCAUGACAUUCACAAAGACAAUGCAAAGUAUAUGAAAAAGGCCAUAAAACAUUAUGAAGCCCUUUCCUUAAGGGCUGCUACAAAUGGCCAUUCCAUAGACAUAUACUCAUGUGCAUUGGAUCAAACUGGCUUAAUGGAAAUGAAACAGUGCUGCAAUUCAACUGGCGGUCACAUGGUGAUGGGUGAUUCCUUUAAUUCAUCACUAUUCAAGCAAACAUUCCAAAGAGUGUUUGCUAAAGAUCAAAAGGGAGACUACAAGAUGGCAUUUAAUGGCAGUUUAGAAGUAAAAUGCAGUAGAGAACUCAAAAUAACUGGUGCAAUUGGUUCAUGCGUAUCACUAAAUGUUAAAAGUCCAUGCGUGUCAGAUCAGGAGGUGGGUAUGGGGAACACCUGCCAAUGGAAGAUGUGCACUUUCACGCCCAGCACGACUAUGGCUAUUUUCUUUGAGGUGGCGAGCCAGCACGCGGCGCCGGUGGCGGCGGGCGGGCGCGGCUGCGUGCAGCUCAUCACGCAGUACCAGCACUCCAGCGGACAGCGCCGCGUGCGCGUCACCACCGUCGCGCGCAACUGGGGCGACGCGGUGACGAAUCUGCACCACAUCGCGGCCGGGUUCGACCAGGAGGCGGCGGCCGUGGUGAUGGCGCGCCUCGUCGUGUACCGCGCCGAGCUCGAGGACGGGCCCGACGUGCUGCGCUGGCUCGACCGCAUGCUCAUACGACUCUGUCAGAAGUUUGGUGAAUACGGCAAGGAUGAUCCCAACAGUUUUCGGUUAUCAGAAAACUUCAGCUUGUACCCGCAGUUCAUGUAUCAUCUGCGUCGUUCACAGUUCCUGCAGGUUUUCAACAACUCUCCAGACGAAACAACAUUCUACAGACAUAUGUUGAUGCGUGAAGAUCUGACACAGUCGCUGAUCAUGAUCCAGCCCAUCCUUUACUCAUACUCGUUUGGUGGUCCACCGGAGCCUGUACUGCUCGAUACAUCCUCUAUACAGCCUGAUCGUAUACUUCUUAUGGACACAUUCUUCCAGAUCCUCAUAUAUCAUGGAGAGACUAUAGCGCAAUGGCGGGCUCUACGCUACCAAGACAUGCCGGAGUAUGAAAGCUUCGCGCAGCUGCUUCGAGCGCCCAUUGACGAUGCGCAGGAAAUUCUGCAGAGCCGCUUCCCCGUACCUCGCUACAUCGACACAGAGCAUGGCGGCUCACAGGCACGGUUCUUGCUGUCGAAAGUCAACCCGUCGCAGACACACAACAACAUGUACGCGUAUGGUGGGGACGGUGGCUCCCCCGUGCUGACGGAUGACGUGUCACUGCAAGUAUUCAUGGAACACUUGAAGAAGUUGGCCGUGUCGUCCACGGCAUGA